UGAACAUAUUUUCGAUUUCUUUUCUAGUUUAUCAAAUUGCUCUAAUGUAUCAUUUCUGACUCUUGAUCUCAUGAGUAGUUAAAUAAAAUCAUAAGAAUUAGUAAUUUUAGGAAAUACUUUAGCAGAUUUAACUAAACUUUCAACCUUAACACUAAAUCUUAGUGAUAAUGAAGUAGACCAAUAAGGUAUAUCAGGACUAUGCUCUCCUUUAUCAAAAUGCACUCAGCUAUCCACUUUGAGUAUAGAUCUAGUUGGAAAUUCAAUUGAUAACUAAAUUGCAUAAUCUUUAAUAUCUGCUAUAGCAAAAUGCACUAAUCUCUCGAAAUUAUCACUAUAUUUAAAUGUUAACUAAAUUGGUGAUUUAAAAGGAUUAGAUUUAUUUUGUAUUUUAACAAACUGCUCUAAUCUCUCAAUUUUAAGGUUAUAACUAAGUAAAAAUUAGAUCAGAGAUUAGGAUGUGUAAAUUUUAGGAAAUGCUCUUGUAAACUAAAAUAUGCUUUCAAAUUUAACAUUAGAUUUAUCUUAAAAUAAAAUUGAACAAGCUGGUGCAUAGUUUUUAGGUUCAGCCUUAGCAAAAUGUAAAAAUCUAUCAGUUUUAGAUCUCAAUCUAAGUAUGAGCAAACUCGGUGAUUUGGGUAUAAUAGGUUUAGGUAUUGCAUUAACUAAUAUGACUAAUAUUUAAGUUUUAACACUUUGGUUAUACAAUAAUUCAAUUGGACCUGAAGGAGUUUCUAUUUUAAGCAAGAGUUUAGCUAAUCUUUUAUUACUUCAAAAUUUGACAAUAUGGUUUUAAAAUAAUUCAAUUAAAAGUAAGGGCCUUUCAAGUCUAGUUUCUCAUUUAUCUUCCUGUAUAAAUCUAUCAAUUUUGGCAUUAUGGUUUGAUUAUUGCUAAAUUGAUGACGAUGGUGCUUCAAAUUUGGCAGCUGCUUUAUAAGAGUACUCAAAUAUGUCAAAAUUGAUUCUCUAUCUAAGCAGUAAUAAGAUUGGUGAUAUGGGUGCAUAAAAUUUAUGCUCUGCUUUAAAGAAGUGCAUGAAACUUUAAAAUUUAUCUUUCGAUAUUAGAAGAAAUUAAAUUAGUGAAGAAUUAAAGUUUUAAAUGAAAAUGAAAGUUAUUAAAACCAAGAGAUUAGUUCAGAAAUCCAUUUAUAUUUGAAAAUAAACUUGU